CAUAGAUGGCGCCCAUAGACUCACCGCACACUCAGUCACGUGACUCACAGAACACUAUGAAAACGUGUGUUCAGUUAAGAUCCGUUUCCUUUCAGUCGAUAGCAUUCACUGAUCACUACUCACACAUCACUGACUAAUAUGGCGGACAACGCUCCAGCCGCUGGUCAAAGAGGCGGUGGAUUCAGAGGAGGUUUUGGCGGCAGAGGUCGAGGCCGUGGACGCGGUGGUCGAGGCGGCCGCGGAGGCAGAGGUCGUGGACGUGGCGGCAAAGAUGGCGAUAAGGAGUGGAUUCCUGUGACUAAAUUGGGACGUCUUGUGAAGGACGGGAAGAUCAAGUCGUUGGAGGAGAUCUACCGCUUUUCGCUGCCCAUCAAGGAGUUCGAGAUAAUCGACUUCUUUAUCGGUCCGCAGCUGAAGGACGAGGUGUUGAAGAUAAUGCCGGUGCAGAAGCAGACGCGAGCCGGUCAGAGGACCCGUUUCAAGGCGUUUGUGGCGAUCGGCGACUACAACGGACACGUGGGGCUCGGCGUGAAGUGCAGUAAAGAGGUAGCCACUGCCAUCAGGGGCGCCAUCAUUCUCGCCAAACUGUCGGUCAUUCCCGUCCGCAGAGGCUAUUGGGGUAACAAAAUCGGAAAACCGCAUACCGUUCCCUGUAAGGUAUGUACUGAACACGUGUUUUUCAUU